AUGCAGGUUAAGCGCUGGAUUGCCGAGGCGCUCCAUUUCUAUCUCGAUCUCGGCGGCGGGGUUCAGGAGCUGCGCUCGGUUUUCGCCGAUUGGGCGGCCUUGACCCAAUCCUCCUUCGGCCAUAUACACUUGAUUCUCCAACUCAAACAACGCCUAAUGCUCCCUAUGGAUACCCUGGAAAAGCUUCUGGUUUGCUGUUCACGGGAGUCGCACAACGCCGAUGACAAGAGUUGCUACAGACACCACAUGUUGGGUAAUGAUUAA